AUGGCUUCUUUUGGGUCAAUUAGGUCUGCGGUAUUUGAUAAGGAAGAAAAGAAACAGCAGUAUCAAGCUCACAUUUUAGGUCUCAAUGCUUACGAUCGGCACAAAAAGUUUGUGAAAGAUUAUGUUAACUUUUAUGGGGGAGAGAGGCAAAAACAAGAAAAAUUACCAAUAAAAACUGAUCAAGACACUCUUAGGGAAGGCUAUCGGUUUAUACGUUCAGAGGAAGAUGAUAUGGACUCGUCAUGGGAACAAAGGCUGGUGAAGCGUUACUAUGAUAAGCUUUUCAAAGAAUAUUGCAUUGCUGACAUGUCCCAUUAUAAGACAGGCAAGAUUGGACUGAGGUGGAGGACUGAAAAAGAAGUUGUAUCUGGCAAAGGGCAGUUUGUAUGUGGUAACAAACAUUGCAGUGAAGAAGAAGGCUUAGCUAGCUAUGAGGUGAAUUUUGCUUAUUUUGAAGCUGGAGAAAACAAACAAGCUCUAGUGAAAUUAGUAACUUGUGAGAGAUGUGCAAAGAAACUUCGUUACAGAAAAUUGAAGGAAAAGGAGAAGGAAGAAUCAAAAAGAAGAGAAAAAGAAGAGCAUCGGAAGAAAAGAGAAAGGGAGGAAACUGAUGAGGAUACAAGCAAGGCUUAUGAAAGAGCCAAAGGAAGAAAGUCGUCAUCAACCUCCAUGGGCGAUGGUAAAGCCGAUGAAGAGGACAACUUUGAUGAGUUUCUCCAAGGAAUGUUCCCUUGAAGCUUUGUUUUGCUACUUGCACCACCAAAGCUGUCGCUGAGCUUCAUCUGGUAUGUUUAGUGUUCGAUAUAGAUUUGUUUUGCAAAUACCACAGCUUGAAUUCGACUGGAUAUACGACUAACAUUAGAGUGGUGAAAACUCGAGUAUAGGGUGGUCCGAGGCCGCAAUAUUUUCUUCAAUUACAUACAAGUAAAAAGAUUCAUCUAUUACUUUGGGGCUGUUUACCAAAUCUUUUAUCAAGUCCUGUAUGGAUAAAUUUGU